AUGCAGUUCAUCGCCGUCUUCAUUGCUACCCUGGCCGCCGUGGCCUCUGCCUCCCAGACCGCUGAGAAGCGUUCCUGCGUCGCCAACUACGAUGUUGCCUGCACUUCGGGCGGUGAUCCUUGCUGCGAUGGCUGGCAGUGCGUUGGCGCCACUGAGUGGAACGCCGGUGUUUGCAUCCCGAACUACUAA